AUGGAGUUCAGGGGGUAUGAGACUAAAUGUAAGUUACUAGUUUAUGCUAUAGUAGUUAUUUAUUUUUGCACAACGGCUGACGCGCAGGCGAGUUGUAAAUUGAAGGCCAAAUUCAAUUUAAAUGGUUAUAAAAGUGUGGAAAAGAAAACGGUGGUCAUAGGCGGCAUGUUUUCCGUUCACAACCACCUUGCUUCAACUGCUAGCAACACGACAUCGGAACCUGUAUCGACUGGAUGCGAAGGAUUUAACUUCCGUGCCUUCCGCUGGACACAGACCAUGCUGUUUGCCAUUAAGGAAAUAAAUGCUAGUCCAGACCUCCUGCCAGAGACAGAUCUGGGCUACGUCAUCUAUGACUCGUGCUUCACCAUCUCCAAAGCAGUGGAGGGCACCCUGACCUACCUCACAGGGCAGGACGAGGCCGUGCCCAACUACCGCUGUGGCUCUGGACCCCCACUGGCUGCUCUAGUGGGGGCGGGCGGGUCUGACCUCUCCAUCGCCACAGCUCGCAUCCUAGGCCUCUACUACUUCCCUCAGGUGAGUUAUUCAUCGUCCUGCUCUGUGCUGGAAAGUCAGUUCCAGUUCCCCACGUUCCUGCGCACCAUCCCCAGUGAUGUCCACCAGUCCUCAGCCAUGGCCCAGGUGGUGCUGCACUUCGGCUGGACGUGGGUGGGCACCAUAGCGUCUGAUGACGACUAUGGCAAGUACGGCAUCAAGGAGUUCAAGGAGCAGGUGGAGGAGGCGGGCGUGUGCAUCUCCUUCUCCGAGACACUGCCCAAGGUCAGCUCGUCCGAGGACAUCCAACGGAUCGUGCAGGCAGUGGUGAAGUCCACUGCCAAGAUCGUCGUAGUCUUCUCCUCGGACGUGGACCUCAGCCCGCUGCUGGACGAGCUGCUCCAGCAGAAUGUCACCAACCGCACGUGGAUUGCCAGCGAGGCCUGGGUCACCUCGGCAGCCAUCGCACGCCACCCGGGCAUACAGCAGGUGCUGGGCGGCACGCUGGGCUUCGGCCUGCGCCACGCCGACAUCCCCGGCCUGCAGGCCCACCUGCUGAACAUCGACCCGUACGAGCACCCGCUCACCGAGGAGUUCUGGGAGACGGCGUUCAACUGCACACUGGACUACGGCCGUGCCCUGCGCAACGGCAAGGCCAGGGCUGUGCGGGCGGCCCUGGAGGCCGGCAACACCACGGCGACCCGGGCAGUGGCCAGGGUGGUGCCAGAGGGCCUGUGCUCAGGCCGUGAGUCUCUGCAGCAUCUGAACAACACCUACACAGACGUAUCCCAGCUGCGGCUUACCUACAGCGUCUACAAGGCCGUCUACACUGUAGCGCAUGCCCUGCACAACCUAGAGCACUGUGAGCCAGGGAAAGGGCCCUUUGAGAACGGGACCUGCGCAGACAUUGACAACUUUGAACCUUGGCAGUUGAUGUACUACUUGAAAAACGUCCAAUUCGUUGUACGGCACACGGGUGAGAGGUUUGAAUUCAAAGACGGAGAUGUGGAUGGCCUGUAUGACAUCAUCAACUGGCAGAUGACUCCAGCGGGGGAGCUCUCUUACGUACAGGUCGGCUUCUACAACAGCACCGCUCCAGACAACUCCAGGAUGACCAUAAACAAUGCCUCCAUCAUCUGGAACAAUGACGUCCUAGAGGUACCACACUCUGUGUGCAGUGAGAUAUGCCAACCAGGCACCAGGAAAGGCAUCAGGCAGGGGGAGCCCGUCUGCUGCUUUGACUGCAUCCCUUGUGCAGAUGGAGAAAUCAGUAACACUACAGAUUCUCGAGCAUGUAUCCAGUGCAGUGAGGACUACUGGUCCAAUGCCAAUCGUGACACCUGCGUGCCAAAGACCAUUGAGUUCCUGGACUUUGGGGAGCCCCUGGGCAUCACGCUGAUUGCGAUCUCUGCGUUCGGGGCGCUGGUGACCAUCGUGGUGGCCGGCGUGUUCCUGGUGCACCUGCGCACGCCCAUGGUGCAGGUGAACGACGCGCUGCUCAGCUUCUUCCUGCUCUUCUCGCUGGUGGUCACCUUCCUGUGCUCCAUCGUCUUCCUCGGCGAGCCGCAUCCCUGGUCGUGCAUGACCAGCCAGGUGGCCCUGGCCCUGGGCUUCGCCCUCUGCCUCUCCUCCAUCAUGGGCAAGUCCGUCAUCCUCAUGCUCCGCGCCUGUGCCAUCAAGCAAGUCCGGUCUGCCGCAAAGGCCGCCGCCAAAGCAGCAGCAGCCGCCACCGCUGCCGAGCAGAGCCCGGACGUCGUGCAGACCACGCCGGCUCCCCCUGCGCCCAAGACUGACGCGGACGCCCUCAAGCCGGCCCACCAGCGGGCGAUGGUGGUGGUGUGCACCCUCGUCCAGGCGGUGGCCUGCACCGUGUGGCUGUGCCUGCUCCCCCCACACCCCACCAAGAACAUGGCCUCGCAGAACAUCAAGAUCAUCCUGGAGUGCGACCCAGGCAGCGUGGUCUUCAUCAGCUGCAUCUUCGCCUACGACAUCCUGCUGGCGCUGCUGGCGUUCGGCUUCGCCUUCACUGCCCGCAAGCUGGAGGACCACUUCAGCGAGGCGAAGUCCAUCACCUUCGGCAUGCUGGUCUUCUUCAUCGUCUGGAUCUCCUUCGUGCCGGCCUACCUGAGCACGCGUGGCAAGUUCAUGGUGGCCGUGCAGAUCUUUGCCAUCUUGGCCUCCAGCUUCGGCCUGCUGGCCUGCAUCUUCUUGCCCAAGUGCUACGUGCUGCUGGUCAAGCCCGAGCAGAACACCCAGGAGCAAAUGAGGCCGCGGGUCAAGGGCGCGGACGGCUCCAACACAGGCACCUCCGCCUCGCUCACCACCACCACCGUCUCCACUGUGAGCGUGGACGGCUGAUGGCUGACCGGCACGUGCCUCACCCUCCUCUCUCAAUGGGGCUGUGUUACGGCCUGUUCCGCACUUUAGCCAUGUCAUUGGGGGUCUGUCUAGAUUUGGUACCACAUUGGACACUGGUGGCAUUUUGCUGAAACAAAGCUUAAUCAAUGGCUUCGUACUGUAACAGCCCAAAAGUCUCUGAAGCAAAUGCCAACAUUAGGAAUAGAGAUGCUCAUUCAGUCCCUAAAUAUAUAGCUUAUAAUGCAUAAGAAUACAAUACCCUCCUCCCUCAUCCUCAACUCAUCAGCAGUUCACUUGGUUAGAUAGCCCAGGAAUACUUGGUUGCAAUCAAUUCCCAAUUCAAAUAAUUUAUUGAUUCAUUAUUUAUGUCAGUUCUAUUGUGUUAUUAAUCAGUGAAGUGAAUGAAAUUUAAUGACCAGAUUCAAUUAAAUUGCUGGUACCGUGUACAUAGUAAUGUGACAUGACUUCAACAGCUGUUACGUCAGAGUCAAUAUCUAGU